UGAGUCAAUUUCGGGAGAAUGGAUGGAGGACAGAUUAAAUGACGUAAACGUGUCCAACUAAAAUAAAAUGAAUGAAUGAAAAAAAGAUUGAAGAGUAGAAAGGAAGGAGAUUUAGAUGGACGAAUGGAUGAAGAGAAGGAAGGAAGAGAAAGAAGGAAGAGAGGGAGAGAAUGGUGAGGAGGAAUGGAAUGGAGAGAAUGUAAAGAAGGACGGGAAGGAAGUGAAUGGAGGUAAAGAAGAGAAUAAGGAGGGAGGAGAGAGAGAGAGGGAAGUGAGAGAAAAAGAAGAGAAAAAGAAUGAAGAGAAUGACGGGAUGUAAGCGAAUGGAGGUAAAGAAGAGAAGAAGGAAAGGAGGAUAAUGAAGAAGAAGAGAAGAAGGUAAGGAAGGGAAGGAGGACGAGAAUGAAGAAUAUUAAGAGAAGGAAGGGAAUGAAUAAAAUGAAGAGAAUGAAGGGAAGGAAGAGAAUGAAGAGUGAAUGAAGUAAAAAACGGAAGAGAAGAAAGAAGAAAGAUUACAUAGUAGAUGGAGUGUCCCUUCCACC